AUGGUGAGUUUGCCCCAUCCGGCCCUUGGCUUCAAGAAGGACGAACACGCCAAGCAUUGGAAGAACUCCGAGACCAACACAUGCCUCGGAGCCUUCUUCGUGGCGUUGUUUGGUUCCUUCGUCACCGGGACCACCAACUCGCUAGUAAGCGCCCGAAGGAGAGGAAACACAACGGAUACAGAUGUCCUGAUGUUUGCAUGUGUGUGUGUGUGUGUGUGUGUGUGUGUGCAGUAUGUUUUCUGCCACAGGGCCGCCAAGGCCUUGAAGGACCACCUGUUCACCACGGGAGAGCUGUGGUACAUAUGA